AUGCUACAAUUUUUCACAGGGCGACCCGUCACUUAUUCUUCAAAAGGUAAACAAUGGCAACGACAAGGUGAGAAGUACACAAGAACAAGACAACCAGAAAAGAGUGUUUAUUCUGUAGUGUUGAAGUGCCACAGAAACUGCAAAGAUACAAUGAGCAGCCAAGAUACCAAUAAGAACAAUCCCAAAAGAAGCAUCCUGAAACAGUCGUCUAGUCAAUUGGAGCCUAUCGAGACUCUACCGCUGUCUAAAUUCCAGCUCCCCACACAGAUUCCUUCCAAAGCUGAUGUAUUCGAUUCAAAUAAUACCACUUCAAGGAUUAAUACGUUGAAGUUACAGGGAAGAGUCGAUAGAAGAGUCUCAUUUGCACCUGAUGUUACGUUACACAGUUUUGAUUUCGUUCCUGAUGGGAUCUCAAGUCAAAGAGAGCCCAGAAGGAAACAACAUGAGGAUGUUGGAAGGGAAAUUGUAACGUCCACUCAAAGAGAACAAGAUGCAGAUCAGUCUAUGGAUAUGACGAACAUAUUUACAAAAUCAUCUCAAGAAAUGGAGGAUAUGAAACUAUCGAACAUUCCUAGUAGUUUGCCAACAGAUGCCAAUAAGGGGACUGGUCAUUCCAAAAGUAUAGAGGAGGAAGAACCGAUGGAAUUGACUGAAACAUUUAACGUAGACAAAGAGCCUUUAUCACAGCGCAUGGAGCUCACACAACUUGUGACUGGAAAGGAACAAAAGAAUAAUGAACCGUAUAAAGUUACUGGUCAAUAUACUGUUAACCUGAGUAACGAUAUGGAUUUUACUCAAGUAGUUGCAAAGAUACCGGUCCAACCCAAGUCAACUGAGAAGAAAGUCGAAAAUACAGAGGAUAUGUCCAUGGAGGUUACAGAACUGCUUCAAAAACCCACUCAAAUGCUGUUUCCUGUUCCAGAAUUCAAAGCUAUAGACUCUGAAAUAAAAACACACAUGGCUGUAGAUCUCAAUUUGGAAGAAUCCGCGAGUGAACCCAUGGAAUUGACGCAGGUGGUAACUAAAAAACCUGAAAACAUUGAGCUCACGGUUGAGAAUGACUCUGGCAUUAAUACUGACAAGAAUGCAAUGGGAAAUCCCGAUUUUCAAAGAGUUGAUUCUACAGCUCCUCAAAAUAUAAAUGAUAGGAGAAAGUCGUUAAUUCCUGUCUCGAGUAAAAGACGAAAAUUAAAUACCAGCGAUGAACUACCUGUAGCAGCGGAAUCAAUUGAUGGAACCGAAGAAAUGGAAUUAACCAUCAUGGAAAGGAUGUCACCAAUUCAAUUUGACGAUUUGAAUGCCUCAGUCCAAUCCAAAAUAAACCACAGUAAUGAUCUCAGGACUAAAAAUUCGUAUUCAACUGAUGACUUAGAGAGAUAUUCCUUGAGAAAGUUUCUUGGUGAAACAAAUCUAGGAUUUUUACUUGAUGCAAACACGAUCAAAGAUGAUAGUCAAGUUCUUAACUUUUCUGUUACUCAUGUUGAAGGUGAUUCUUUAUUAAGAAGCAAUAAUCUCUAUGAUAUUCUAUAUGUGGAUAUACCUGUUCUAGAAAUGAAUUCAUUCAUAUGCAGAGAACUUAUACGAAAGAUAUCCCAGUCACAAAGUUCAUUUGAGAAUUUAGAAAACCAGAUUAAAAAUGCCCCUCCACCGUUAUUAAUGAAAGAAUAUUAUGCAUCUGGUGGAGAAAUUAAGAAGCUGAUGAAUGAGCAACUUCAAUUGGUAAAACAAUAUUCAAAAUUAGAGGCUAAAAAGGCUUGGUAUGAAUGGAGAAAAUUACAUUUAAAUGGUAUAACACAUGUGCUAUUAGAAAAUUUGACAAUUCUUCAAGAAGAAUACGAUAAAAUAGAAAAGGAUUUACAAAAAAUUCAACAGGUCAAUUCAAGGGUCAAAGAGAUUAAAAACUCUAUCAGUCAUGAGAUCAAGUUACUACGAGAGUUACCGGCAAAUAUGUACAAUCAGGAGCCAACACUAACUGAUAAGGUCAAUAUUGCUAGAUUGAGACAAGAGCUAAAAUCGCAUUCAAUUUCUUUAGGAAACUUGCCAUCAUUGAAAGCUAAACAUGAUAAGUUAAAAGAAGAUAUUGAGAACACAACAGCAAUCCUAUCAAAAGCUAAAAUGCAAAUCAAAUCAUUAGACGAUAAUGAUUCGCACCUUGCAAUUAUACCUGAGCAUUCGAAUGUAGUGAAACUUCAAAAGAAGUUAAAAUAUUUAGAGCAGCUCAACGGGGUUAGCAUAAUUAGCUUCAAGGGUUCCAUUUUAGAGUUAGGCGUUGAUCAAUUAUCAGCUAAUAUUGCAUUGGACCUUUCUUUGCUUAGGAAGAGAGCCUCUCAAUUCAUAUAUAUAACCCAGAAUGAAUCACAUUAUGACGCCAUCCUUGAUUACUUCCUAGAGUACAUUAUAUCAAAAACCAAUAAAGUUGCUCGAGCAAGCAUUGUGGAUGGUUUGUCUUUUGUCUUUUCCUUAUUACGACGUUUCCCCACCUUUCAAAAGGAAUACCAUUUGCUGAGGAUGUUGUUCUCUAUUCAUAUAAUGGCGGACAAAAACUAUAAUCAACCCAAGAUUUUACGAUUAACAGACUACGAUUUCAAAAAGAAUGUUAAGCUUCAAUAUCAAUGCUUUUUGCCUGAUUUCAUCGCUAAUGUUCUCGGUGAAGAUGGCGAUAGAAAACUGAUUCUUAGGGCAACGCUUCCAAAAGGAAGUCAACUGACAUCAAAGGUUCUUCUUUCAAGACUCUUACAAAAGACAAGAAAGAUUUUUCCUGUCCUGGAUGAGUCACGUCUUGAGAUUGUAGUAUAA